AUGUUUAGCUUCAGGCGGCUGUUCACCACCGCCAUUGUCCUGGUGGUGGGACUGCUGUUCUUUGUCCGCACAGCCGAGGCUGCCAAGGGCCCCAAGAUCACCCACAAGGUCUACUUCGACAUUGAGCAGGGCGACCAGAAGCUCGGCCGUAUCGUCCUGGGCCUCUACGGAAAGACUGUCCCCGAGACCGCUGAGAACUUCCGAGCUCUUGCUACUGGCGAGAAGGGCUUUGGCUAUGAGGGCUCCACCUUCCAUCGUGUUAUCAAGCAAUUCAUGAUCCAGGGUGGUGACUUCACCAAGGGCGAUGGCACUGGUGGCAAGUCGAUCUACGGCGAUAAGUUCAAGGAUGAGAACUUCAAGCUGAAGCACACCAAGAAGGGUCUCCUGUCCAUGGCCAACGCUGGACCUGACACCAACGGCUCCCAGUUCUUCAUCACCACCGUCGUUACUUCAUGGCUUGAUGGCCGACACGUUGUCUUUGGCGAAGUUCUCGAGGGAUACGACGUCGUUGAAAAGAUUGAAUCGACUGCCACCGCCUCCGACCGUCCCAAGGUGGAAGUCAAGAUUGCCAAGAGCGGCGAGCUGGAGGUCCCUCCCGAAGAGCUUUACGGUAUGGCUGGCUGGGCUUCUGGAGCUUCCGACGAUGUUGACGCAGCCGCGAUGGGUGUCAAGACAUCUGGUGGAUUUGGAGUGGGCUAUUUCCUGGUCAUUGGAGCCGUUGCUGUUGGCGGCGUUGGUCUUGCUCUUCGCCUGAAGAACGCUCGCACCGCUGGCUACACAAAGGCCCGAUCUUGA